UAUCUUGUGGAUGUUGGUUGUCAGGACUUCUAGAAGGGCAUAUUUGCGUAAGUAGACACUACCUUAUGGGGGAGGUAUGUCUGGAAAGCGACAUCAGACGGUCAUGUAGGGCUGACCGUGGAGAUUGGCUGGGUUGCCAUUUCCAAGUUUUACUGCCGGCAACCCGGCAAAGGCGCCGAAGCAAGCCUUUGCCGGAGCUGCUGGCGGCCAGGGGUCUUCUUCGAGGUCCAGAUAGACUCGUACUUUACCACAUACUCCAGCUCCAUAACAAAGUACAACAGCGUUCACUUACGCCGAGGCGAAUGUGUGAUACGUGCCGCACUGGCACCGCCACACUUCCCGUGUGGUUGAGCGGCGGACCCUUUGGCCGAGGCCGAAACCCUCCUCGUUCCUGGGGAGUUGGAGUGGCUUAGGGAAGAUGUCGGGCCACACUCCUAGCAGUCCAGCGGCACAGCGAGCAGCGCGCAUUGCACGCGAAAACAGUAUUCCUGUCGAGCCCAUCAUGGAAGAUGUGGAAGCCGAGCGACCAGACUUGAACACGUUUAACAGCUCCGGCACCGAAGGCAGUGCUGCGGACGGCGAAGACUUCACGUAUGCACAUGAGAUGCUCAGUGGCAGUGAUGGCGUCGCCACGCGACAUUUCUCGCCUACGUCGAGUGUGAUGCCUUUGCAGGACGAGAUCACGCCGUUGACGAACGUGUCCACGUACGGAUGGACGCCAACCUCAUCUGUCCGCUCACGCGGAAGUGCUAGCAAAUCGGGGCAGUACGAGCCAGUGCCAGCACCACCAAGCCUGGUGACGAACGGGUUGCAUAGUGCAAGACCGGUGCGACCGUCUGCGGUGCGGCAGCCAUCGAACGCAUACAAUCCGCCUCGGAGACCACACCAGUACUCCAACAACACACGCCAACGCACAGGCUCAGCACAGAGGGAGCGGAAGCGGAACCCGAACGCCGAGUAUCGGGCGCAGGAGAAGGCGUAUGUUCAGCGUAUCCAGCAAGUGGAGCGGACCGAUGCCGACUUCUAUGGGCAGCCGCCGGCACCCAGUCUGGAUUAUAGCAGCGAUACAGAGACGGACGAGGAGUCGCCGACGACAGCGGCAUACGCCGACAAUGACCCAUAUGAUCAGGAGAUGCUACUCUACUAUGGGAACGAGGACAUGGAGCCAUCAGUGGAGGAGCUCAAGAUACCGGCCAAUCGAGAGCGACUAGAGUGGCAUUCUAUGCUUGCGAAUGUGCUCACUGGAGAUGUUGUGAAACAAGAAAAGAAGCGGUUGAUUGGCGGUCCAGAGACUCAAGGUGAGAAUACGUUGAAGACUGAGAUAUGGAUCGGCGUACGAGCAAAGACAUGCGGACGGCCUCUUCCCGCUCAACGGAGGCUAAUUGAAGACGGGAGGAGCAAAGUCAAGCAGAGCAUCGAGGCCAUCAUUACCUUCGAGGUCAAAGGUGAAGCCGAGGCCGGCAAGUCGGCCAUUGACCAGGUCCAGGAGAUUGUCAAGAAGAUUGAGAAGACUGAGUCAUUGUACCCGACGCGGCAAGCCUUUGAAGCUGCACACCCUCGAGCUGCAUCCACGGCCUACCACGAAACUUGCGAUGCAGUCAUUGCAUGGCACAACACUACGGAGCUGAUUAACACCGAGCUUGGCAUCCUGCAAAAGUGGGUUGGCAACGUAGAGCUCGACUUUACCAAGCCCAGAGCCCGGCCAGCUGAUGUCGGCGCUGGACAGCUGUUCGAUGACAGCAGCUUCAUCGACCGCAUCCUCAAGGAGGAUGGACUAAAGUCGCUUCAAGGCAACAACAGUCUGCUGAAUGGCGUCAAUAACGUCAUUCAGAAAGCGAAGACUACCCUGAUAGAGAAUGCCGAGUCUUUUGCAGAACGGCACCUGCCGCCCUACAUCGAAGAGCUGUUGACGCUCAUCAACUUCCCAUCUCGUCUCAUCCAGGAGAUCAUCCGUAUGCGUCUCAGCUACGCCAAGAAGAUGCGGGACCCGGCUCAGCAAGGCGUCAUGAUGGCCGAGCAGAUGAUAUUGCAGUUUCAGAUUCUGCUGAAGCUUGCAGUUCGUAUCAAGGAGGCUUACAUCGUCAUUGCGCAGCCUGAGCCAGGUUGGGAUUUGCCGCCUUGCAUUGACGACAACUUCGAUGGAGUAGUACUGGACGCCCUCAAGUUCUACUUCCGCAUGCUCAAUUGGAAGCUCAUGGCGAACAAGAACACAUUCAAGGAAGCUGAGAUUCUCGAGCAGGAAUGGGACUUCAGUAACGCGCUCGGACGGCACCUGGAUGGAGGCGAUGUGGAGGUGGCAGAGCAAUUUAGCAGCCUCACGUCGCAAUCUCUUGGACGGCUGACAUCGCACUUCGAAAAGGAGCUUGAGCGUCGGCCUGACGAAGUGGCUGGUGCGGAAAUGGACAAGCGUUACAAGUCGAUUCUGGAUUCGGUCCGUGUGCGGCAGCGAAAGAUUUUCCGUUUCUCACGUAUUCUGUCGAGCCGCUUCGAGAACGCCACCGAAUACAACAUCAACAUCGACACGGAGCACUAUCAGGAUCUGCUCGAUGCGCUAGUAGUGACCGGUCAUUUCUUGGUCGAGCUACCAAGCACGAGCGUGAACGAGAGCAGUGGUGGCCGGAACAUCUAUGUCAUCGCUUCGCCUUCGCUCAUGGAUCGUCCGAAGGAUAUCGAGAGCAUGCUUGGCACCUGCUAUCACGCAGAAGACUCGCCGGAAGAUCCAUCAGAUCCGUACGUGCUCAUCAUGAAACCUGAGCAUCCGUUGUCGUGGGAGGGACAGCGCAUGGACGGCGUCUUGCGCCAACCCCUGCUUAAUCUACGGCUACAAACCGGCCGUCUCCGUCUUGUAGCAGACGGCUCUCUUCAGCGUCUCGCCAACGCCAACGCGGCGUUUGCCGCCUUCUGCCAACACCUAGAACUUCCCGUCCUUGUCGAGCAGCGCGCCAAUCUACCAAGGGUGAACCAAGAGCUCGGCAAGAUUCGCAAGACAGCGUACAAGCUCAGCAACACUAUCAUGGAUAGUGUGGAGAUUGUGCGGAGGCAGACGCAGGGCCUGCAGUGUCAGGAGCUGAUUCAGACGUGCUUUGCCUUUGCGACCGAAUUCGGACAAAGAAGUGCAAUCUACUUCGACCAGCAACGACGGGCAAUGCAUCAGCUUAAGCUGACCAAGCUGGCACUGGACUGGGUAAGCUUCAUCUGCGAUGACUGUGUGGCAUCUGAUCGGAAGACCUUUCGCUGGGCAGUCGUAGCGCUAGAGUUUGCGAUGAUGAUGACGAGAGGCCAGAACAUCCUGGGUAUCUCUGAGGAAGAAUAUGCGACAUUACGCGCCAAGGUAGCUGGAUGUAUGAGCCUGCUGAUCAGUCACUUCGACAUCAUGGGCGCAAGGAGCACUGUUGCGGCUCAGGCGGAAAAGCAGCGGGUGGAGAUGAGUGGAAGACAAUUGAAGCUGGAUAUCACUAGGCUGAAGGAUGAUGAAGAGAGUAGCCGACUGGUUAGCAUGCAGUGGGUGGAGAGAUUGGAGCAGAUCGAUAGUGAGCGGAAGGAGAGAGAGAACGAGCGCCAGGCUUUGGGCAGGGUACUCGAGGACUCCAGUGACGCGGAUCGUGCUCUUACUCAGUUGAGCGCGAGCGCUGGCAACGUGCAUUUAAGAUGGCAGCAAGGCCAAUUUAUUGGCGGUGGCACGUUUGGAAGUGUUUACGUCGCAAUCAAUCUGGACUCGACGCAGCUCAUGGCUGUAAAGGAAAUUCGACUGCAAGACCCGAAGAUGAUACCGACCAUCGUUUCGCAGAUCCGCGACGAGAUGAGCGUACUGCAAGUGCUCGAUUUCCCAAACAUUGUACAGUACUACGGCAUAGAACCGCAUCGCGACAAGGUCUACAUCUUCAUGGAGUACUGUUCUGGUGGUUCGCUUGCUGCACUGCUCGAACAUGGUCGCAUCGAGGAUGAGACUGUUAUCCAAGUCUAUGCUCUUCAAAUGCUGGAGGGUCUGGCGUACCUGCACCAAGCGAACGUCGUGCACCGCGACGUCAAGCCCGAGAACAUCUUGCUCGACCACAACGGUGUAAUCAAGUUCGUCGAUUUCGGCGCCGCGAAAGUCAUUGCCAAACAAGGCAAGACUGUCGUCGCCGAACGUCCCAAUAGCAAAGGCAAUCAAGACAGUAUGCAAGGCACGCCGAUGUACAUGUCGCCUGAAGUGAUCAAGGGCCAACGUCCUCACAAUGCUCGCUUGGGUGCGGAGGAUAUCUGGAGUCUUGGAUGUGUCAUAAGCGAGAUGGCGACUGGAUCACGGCCUUGGGCGAACAUGGACAAUGAAUGGGCUAUCAUGUACAACAUUGCGCAGGGACACAGUCCGCAGAUGCCUAGCCGGGAGCAGCUGAGUGAAGCUGGGCUGGACUUCUUGAAGCGUUGCUUCGAGCGAGACCCGGUACGCAGGGCGAGUGCAGCUGAGUUGUUGCAGCACGAGUGGAUUUUGAGCAUACGUGAACAGCUGGAUAUGGAACCUUCGACGCCACAGACUCCUUCCACGGAGAGCGGAUAUGGCAGUGGGAGUCAGGGGAGCAGCAGUGGGCAGACGAGUCAGCAGAUAAGUAGGCAGAACAGUGAGAUGUGAGAUUGUUGUGAGCGUUUUGAGCGUCGCAUACGGCAGUUGUGAGCGUAGCGAGUCUCAUAUUUGUGUGGUAGCAAAUUCUCUUCAAUCUAGAA